AUGGCAGAGAGGCCUGUCAAGCGUCUUCGCCAGGAGGUCGGCGAGGAUGAGCUUUCGUACAACCACAUCUCGGAGACAAACGAUACUGGCGAGAGCAGCGACGAUUGGCAGCCGCAAACCCCGAGCAAUAGUCGUAUUGUAUCUUCCACGGGAGGGAUGCUAAGGCCCCAGAGAGCCAGUGGCGGUUUAUCAUCUUCUACCGUUACAGUCUCACGCUCGCCUUCAAGCCCUCCCGAAGAAACCAAAAGGUCCAUCCGCCUAACCGUGAAAAUGCCCUCAAGCAAGCUUCGCGAAGUGACCAGCGCAGACGCACGACCGCACAACAUAUUCACUGAGCCAGUAGUGAUUACCGGCCCAAGAAGUAGCCGGUCCAAGAAAAAGAUUGUUGAAGUGGAUAGCGACGAGGAUGAGGACAUUGAAUCCCUUUUGGAAGAAGACGAAGAAGACGAGGAUGAUGAAGAUGACGACGAAAACGACGACGCAGAAGCAAGUGAAGAUCCUGAUGCAGAUGCUGAAGGCGACGAAGAUCUGGAUGCUGAGGGCGAGCCUGACCCUGACGUUGACGCAGAAGGAGACAUCGACAUGGAUGACGCGCCACCCGUUUCGCGCCACCCCCGGCCGAGGCCAGCUGUUACUGUAACGCCAGCAGCUGCCGCCAGAGUCAGAAACGUUGAAUCCCGAAAUGUUAAUAUAGAAGAGGAUGAUGAGGACGAGGAGGAGUUAUCUGAGCUGGACUCAGAAGUGGGCGCCGAAAAGGGGGAUGACACUAUCCUUCCAGAGGCUGGCGAUGAAGAUGAGGAAGAGGUUGAUGAAGAAGACGAAGAAAAUGAAGCUGCGACUCCAAUGGAAGCAAGCCGGGCAAGCUCUCCUAGUUACUCAAGUAGAAAGACGAAAAGGCAAAGAGAACGCUUGGAACUUGGGGAUUUUCUACAGCUACCCAUGGAACCCCAAGUGAAGAAACAUCUAACAGCUGAAGAGCACGCCAUGCGACGUGCAGAAAUGGCAAGACGAAGGAAAAACCUUAGCGAGAAACGUAAUGAGGAAGAAAAGAUGGAUACGAUUAACAAACUACUUAAAAAACAAGCUCCGAAACGUCGAGGCAAAAUCAGUGCUGCAGAGACAGCAGGAGAUGCUUCCCCACGGGCGCAGGAGGUUGAGGAGUUGAUCAAACCAGAACCUACUAUGGUACGCUACGUUAUGAAUUGUGAUGGUUGUAGGUUGGGCGUGCCGGAGGAGUGGUUUGGGGCUCCCGCCGGCCAGCUUUUUGAAUACCCUACUACAAGUUGA